CAAACAAAGUUCCUAACACACACACAAGCAUAUAAAAAGUCACAUUGUGCGAAUAUAAAACAAAAUAAAAAGUUCCUAAAUAAUUUGACAAAUUACGCGCCAUAACAGCUGCAAAAUAAUGCCAGCACUUGGAUUACUUCUGCUAUCUAUGAUGGGUGUGGGCCAGCAUAUGGAGGCGAGCGUUAGCGAAGGCGUGCAUAGCUCGCAGCUUUUGUCACGCGCGGAUUGGGGCGCACGCGCGCCCAAGCAAGUGGACUACUUCACUGGACCCGCGCCGUAUGUUAUCAUACAUCAUUCUUAUAUACCAGCUGCCUGCUUCAAUACGCCGGACUGCAUGCGCAGCAUGCGCGACAUGCAGAACUUUCAUCAAGUGGAUCGCGGCUGGAAUGACAUUGGCUACAGCUUUGGCAUUGGCGGCGAUGGCAUGAUCUAUACAGGACGUGGAUUUAAUGUUGUUGGCGCGCACUCGCCCAAGUACAAUGACAAGAGUGUGGGCAUUGUCUUUAUAGGCGACUGGCGCACUGAACUCCCGCCUGCGAAUAUGCUGCAAGCUGCAAAGGAUCUGAUUGCCUUUGGUGUUGCGCAGGGCUACAUCGAUGCCGCCUAUAAGCUGCUGGGUCAUCGGCAAGUGCGUGAGACGGAAUGUCCAGGCGGUCGACUGUUCAAGGAAAUUAGCAGCUGGCCGCACUUUACAAAUAUCACAACCCCGCCCAUAGCGCUGCCUGCUCUGCCUUCACAGCAUGACCUAGCAAAGAAGGUUUAAUAUUUAUAGAAGCUAAUGGUGACAACUAGUGGAAUCCACAAACAGUAUUUAUUAAGUUGCAAAUAAAACAAACUUUAUCUACAUACAUUUAUAAUAAAAAAU